AAUUGCUAACACGUUUAAGCAUCUGAGGAUUGGUUUUGAGUGCAGACAUGUCUAUAUGGAGCAUACUGAUUUUUCUACUGGUGGUUUUCGAAGUCUGUGUCAUAACCGAGCCUUGCAAAAUACCAGGAAGAUUUGCACGUGCAGUGGGAGAAUCAAUAAUCUUUAACAUAUCCGAUGUGUUUGAGGGCAACAACUCACUUAUGUUGGAAUGGAAGUUGAACGAAACACAAAAUAUAGUUAUUUCUGCAAACAAUGUUACUAUUACACAUCCUACUUUUCAGCACAGGGUUUCAUUUUCUCAAACAUUCCUUCAUUUAAAUCUUUUGAAACUGACAGAUGAAGGCACCCAUUCUGUAUUCAUAGGUGGUACGAAGAAGAAAUGUUUUCAACUCACAGUCGAUGUUCCUGUUUCAAAGCCAAGAAUUAAUGUUUCCAUUGAAACAAAUCAGACAAGACUUGAAUGCAUAGUGGACACUGGAACCAGAGUUGUCUAUGAGUGGCUAUUAAAUGACAGUUCUUUGCCAUCACAAUCAUGGUACUCCUUAAGUGAUAAGAAUACAACACUGACGUUAAAUAUUACCAGCCGUGAUUCCUUCAAAUGCACUGUAAAAAAUUCAGUUUCAAGUAACACGAGUGACCUAGUUCUGCCAGGCAAUUACAGACAAAGGAAUUAUCAAAUAUAUUAUGAAAAAAUUACAUUGCUGGCAGCAUGCAUAAGUGCACUCAUAUUUUUAAUAUUUGGUUUCGUAUGGGUAUUGAUCAGAAAAAGAAAAAAAGGAAGAAAACAAAUAACACCAUACUCAGAAGGAGGAAGAGACACGACAAUAAGGCCAUGUGACCUGAAUAUUGAAGUGAAGGACGAUACAAUUUACUCAGUGAUAACCAAACCACAACUUUCUGUGGACUAGCAAAUGGACCUGUUAGUAAAAUUAGAUAUGUACAUACAACUGAGUGCAAAUACUGACAUUUACAAAUAAAAAGGACUCGUACUUCUAAUAUUAAUUUCAUUUCAAGGACACAACAGUUGGUUUGUUGUAUUUUACUGCUAUUUGAAGUAUCAUGGUCUUUAAGCAAAGAAGUGUAUUGAUAAUUUCUUGUCUCACUAGUGACAUUGUUAUAAAAUUUAAUAUUGUCUCUGAAAUUUCAAUGGGAUCACAUAUAUAUGCCUUCCAAAUAUGCAGAAAAGUCCAGAAGAUUUAGAAUUUUUCUUGGAAGUGUUUGUAUAGGUAUUUCAUACCCCGAGCAGUCUCCAAAUAAUUUUUCCUCAGGUAGAUGGCAA